GGGUCGGGCCGGAUCUGUAAAUGGGUCGGGAAACCCGGUCGCAUAGACCGCAUGCAAUAAAUUGCGAUAGCGAUAAUUCAACUAGUAUCAAGUAGGCACGAAAUUCGUAGCAUUGGUAGUCCAAACAAUAUCCUUGAGCGCCGGCCUAGCUCCUUGCUGCAGACUGCUUGUACUCCGCUCGACUUCUUCACCUCCACCACCACAAACGACGGCGUCACUGAGAAUCCCUAGCUUCCCCUUCCAGCCCCUGUAACCAAACGCACGAAUUCGUCGCGAACCUCAAUUCCUCCUUCUCCGCCCUCUUCUUCUCCUUGAAGAGCGGCGACAGAUCGAACCCUUCCGAUAGAGAUAUGAUGUGGAAAGCAUUAGGUGUUUGCGCCUCCUCUCCUUUGUCUGUACUCUCUCUCUCUCAUUCUACUUCUCUAUCUUAAUUCUCUCAAUUCACUCUCGGAAUUUACUCCAUCUGCUCGGCUGCUCCAGUGCUCCUCUUUCCCUCUUGCGCUUGCUCUCCUCUCUCGGUUUCAACUCUCCAUUCUGGCAUUCUGCUCUGGCCUCUCUCUAGGUGAAAGUAUUUUUUUGAUUCAUCUGAAAUUAAAAACGGUCAAGUUGAGGUUGAGGAAUGGCCAAACAACCCCAAUAUUUCUUCCUUGAAGAAUGGUUGAGGAGCAUCAUUGAUGUUAGCUUUAACAAGAAUGGUUCAGUGCAAUCCUCUACUUCGUCCGCUCAAGCACUAAUCCAAGCUUGGGCUGACCUUAGAGACUUACUUGAGUGCCAGGCCUUCCAUGCUCGACACCUUCAGGCUUUGAAGAUUCUUAUUGGUUCUCAAACUGCUCUUCAUGUAGCAGAUCCACAAGCAAAACUUAUAAUUUCCAUUUUGUCUUCACAACAUCUCUCUCUUCCACAGGAAUCUUAUCCCCUAUUCUUCAGGCUUCUAUAUAUUUGGGUGAGAAAAUCUAGGCAAACUUCUUUGGUUGUUGAAUCAGCCAUCGAAGUCCUGUCGCACAUUUUCUCUAGCAAAUCUUGUUGUGGAAAGAGCUCCCUUUUCUUCUCUGACGGGAUCCUACUUCUUGGCGCCCUUUCUUUCCAAACUUCUGCAUCUGAGAAGUCCAAAAGGCUUUGCUUGGACUUGCUUUGUAAGUUACUGGAAGAGGAGUACCGAUCUAUUUUCUUGUCCAAUGAGCUAGCUUCCAGCGCUCUUGCAGGUGCUGGUUAUGCUCUCUCUUCCCCUGUCACGGGAAAUUUUGGAAGAAUUCUAGAUAUUCUGUUCAGAAUCUGGGGCCGAGAAGGCGGCCCCUUUGGCACUUCUCAGGGACUCAUGCUCCUGCAUGUGAUCGAGUGGGUUCUAUCGAAUUCCGUAAACCUACAUUCUGUGGAUAUUAUUGAAGAUGUAAGAGAGCUUUUAGAGAAUGUCAAGCCAGCUCAUUCUUCAGUUGCUGUAGUCAUGUCUGCAGCUGGAGUGUUGAGGACUAUAAAUAGAUCUGGAUUGAGUGGCUUCAUGCGCAUAAAGAAUUCGAUAGAGGAUCGUCUCGAGGUUGUGGCAAAAGAAUUGGUUUCUGCCGCCAAAGGUUUUGACCAUCAUCUUCUGCACUGUAUAGCACUAGCUUUGGCUCGAAGUGGUUCCGUCUCCUAUAGGCCUUCAAUUCUUACAACCCUUGCACUUGCGUUGUUGACCGAAGCAUUCCCUUUGCAGCAUGUCUAUGAUAAGAUCCUUAAAUUUCCUGAAGAAAAUUGGGUAUCACUGCAUGAUGAGAUCAAAGACCAUCUUAGUAGCUUCAUUUUCAAGGAAGCAGGAGCUAUAACUGCUGUUUUCUGCAAUCAGUAUGCACAUGCAAAUGACGAUGGUAGAAGUUUGGUGGAGAGUCUUGUAUGGGAUUACUGCCAGGCAGUCUACUCAUGGCAUCGGCAGGCAACGUUGUUGCUUAUGGGCCGGGGAUAUCGUCAGUUCAUUAGCGACGUGGAGAAAAUUGCUGAAUCCGCUUUCCUUAUGGUUGUGGUUUUUGCAUUAGGAGUAACAAAACAUAGGUUAGAUACGAGAAUAGACCGAGAUACUCAGUUACAAAUCUCGGUUAAAAUAUUGAUUUCAUUCUCAUGCAUGGAGUAUUUCCGUAGAAUGCGCUUGCCCGAGUAUAUGGAUACAAUCAGAGCUGUUAUUGUAAGCGUUCAGGAAGAUGAAUUGGCAUGUGUCACAUUCAUAGAGUCUAUGCCUUCCUAUCGUCAUUUGAUCACUUACGAUGGUUCUUCUAACCAACCUGAAAUGGAGCAUCUGUGGUCCACCGAUGAGGUUCAAACAGCUCGCAUCGUAUUCUAUAUGCGGGUUAUACCUACUUGUGUUGAUCGAUUACGUGCCACUGUAUUUAAGAAUGCUGUGGCUCCCAUUAUGUUCCUAUAUAUGGGACAUCCCAAUGCAAAAGUUGCUAGAUGUACACAUUCAGUUUUCGUAGCUUUUGUAACUUCUGGAAAAGAUCUUAAUCAGGAUGAAAGAGCUUUACUGAAAGAGCAACUUGUUUUUUAUUACAUCCAGAGAUCAUUAGAGGGUUAUCCCAGGAUUACUCCCUUUGACGGAAUGGCUUCUGGAGUAGCUGCACUUGUUCGGAAUCUUCCUGCUGGCAGUCCGUCUAUAUUUUAUUGCAUUAGUAGUCUCAUUCAGAAAGCGACAAGCCUCUGCAAAGCAGUCGAUGAUCUCGACAUUGAUCUCUGGAAGAACUGGGAAGGUGAGUUGGAGCCUCCCAAGAAAGUGCUAGAUCUUCUUUUACGACUACUUUCCCUGGUUGAUAUACAGUUAAAUUUGGUGACUACUUGUAGGUUCUACCGGAUUUAAUGAAGUUACUGGCCCAGCUGAUUGUCCGACUACCCUUGAAUGGACAGAACGUGCUCCUUAAUCAACUGUAUCAGCAAAUUGCAGAAUCUGAUGAUGUUAUACGGAAACCAGCUCUGGUUUCAUGGGUGCAGUCUUUGUCUUACCUAUGCUCUCAAGGUACACACACAGAAAGACCAGAGUUGGUCGGAGAAUCUGCAUCUCCUAGGAUCACAGACUCGAUUAGCCUGAAUAGCAUCAGUGCACGACUGUAGAUGUCUAAGUGGAAACUGAUUAGGUCCUCUUCUGUGACUGCAAUAACUGAAUAUGCUUGAGUUGCUAUUAGAUUUCAGAAAGAGGAUCAAGAUUGUAACAGAGCUCUGCAGAAAGAUGGAUAAGGCCAAACUUUUUAUUCCUGUGCAGCUUGGCGCGGUAUUCAGAGUCUGCAGGAAUUGGUACUUCUUAACCGAAUGCAUUCGAGCCUAUAUAUAUUCAAGCUUAUUUUGUAGAAAUUAUUCCCCCCUUUCCUAUCCUCCCUGCCCCUCUCAUGUAAAAAAGGUCUUCUCUCUCCAUCUUUUGCAUAAAUCUACCUUUAUAAUAUCUUGAACAACCCUCCAUCACUACCCAAAACCAACUUUGAAUUAUUUUCAAGAGUUUCUGAGUCACUAAUCAGUGAUCACUGCCAAGAAAUGAUUCUAACGGCACAGCUAACAGCAAGGGUGAUGAUUAAAGUUUAGAUCCUCAAAAUCCAUAUGCCAUUUGUUGAAAGGCAGACCUAAUUUACCAGUCUGCGUCAUCGUUCCUGCCUACUUCUCUGCCAUUCUCGAGUACCUGACUACUGAGGAAAACUUAAUGAUUGGUCAAACAUCUGUUCCAACCAAAAAGAUCCAACGAGCUGGAAUUCUCUUUUGAUUCUAUGUUCAUGGAUGAUGAUGCGCUUCCAUCGGCCCUGUCUUUCUAUGUUGUUAUACAUGGCAAUACAGGUAGAUUUUCGUACUUUUAAGUUUGAUUGACAGUAUAUUUAGCGUUGUUCAUUUUGGGGGAAUUUAUAAAUAGCAUAUACUUUGUAUAAGUUGGACUGAUAUGUGCUUCGUGUGUUUUUUAUUCAGAUUGAAUGAGUAUAAUGGUAAUUUUAGGUUA